AUGGCAAAUUUGAAUCCAGGCGACAAAGAACAGCUUUCUAUUCUUGCUGCCAGUAAGCAAGAUGCUGCACUCAAAGACUUUCGAUCCCAGCUGGCGAGCAUUACUUCUCAAAACUGCGACGCCAUUUUCGCAUUCUCGUUCCUCGCCGAAUACUACAUUCCUGCCUCUGCCGGUACUGUCAUCAAUCCCGCUGCCACAUUUAUGGAGGAUGAUUUCUUUGACGCAAUCGUGGAUUGGCUUCGUUUGCACCAAGGAACAUCUGACAUAUACAAGCGCAAGGGCCAGUGGAUUCAAAAUGGCCCUGUUGCUCCUCUUCUCUGGAGUGAUGUCUUAGGCGAGAGAUGUCAAUCAGCAACAGGGAAAAUUAAUAUUGACGAAACCAAGGCCUACCGACUGCAUAACCUCGCGAGAAUAUGGAAUUCCGACCCUGCAGCGACAACGAGCCAAUUCCAUGAGAAUCAAAUUAAUUCUCGGGCACUAGAAAUUUUGGUUGAGGCAUUUAAUCUGGCCUCCGAAGAUUCUAAGGUCAACACUGAUCGAUUAGCUGUCCAUGAGUUUCUUAACAAUCCGCAGCUGUCAAAGAUUAAUAUUUCUCAAAGGGCCGAAACAUCAAAUUACCUCAGUCUGUCGUUUGCAUGGCUGUUUGAAAUCCCGCUCGGGUUUGUGGAGCUUCUUGAGCAACGCCGACCGGCGGCGCUUAUCAUUUUUGCUCAUUUCUCUAUACUAUUUCAGAAUGCUCCCAAGUUCUGGUGGAAUGAGCCAAUUCCAGCGAAGAUCGUAAAGGCCGUCGCUGCUGUGCUUCCUCAAGAAUACCACAGAUGGAUGGAAUGGCCACUACGUGAAGUAUUGGGUGCUGACUGUUAUGAAUUGCGAAAAGUAUCUUUUGGAUAG